AUGGAGAAGCUGUUUCGUGAUCUGCACAUCGAGGAGCUGGAUCGAGUCUCUCUAGCUGCUCACUGUCUUGAGAAGGACGCGUAUUCGUGGUGGAUCAGCCACUUCGAACGCAAACUUGGGAGUAUCUAUCCAAGCUGGGAGGAAUUUCGGAGACUCCUGUACAAGCAGUACUUCAAGGAUAGCACUAAGCAGAGUUUGGAGCGUGAAUUGGAGCGUCUCAAGCAAGGCAACCGUACCGUAGGCGAGUAUGAGCGAGACUUCUCUCGCAUUGUUUCGUUGAUUCCGUUCGUGGUUCGUGACGAGUAUCACAAGGCAAGGAUGUUUGCGAGAGGGCUAAGGCCCAGUAUUCGACUUCUGAUCGCGUCCCAUGGCGCGUUGACGUUCGACGAGAGCUUAGAUCGGGCCCUGAUGGUGCAGAGUGAAAUGGACGAGGCUCGAAUCGAACAAGACGCAUCCGAGAAGAGUGAAGACAGGAAGCGAGCACAGGAAAGUUUUGCUGGUGGCCAAUCAAGCAACGGACGAUCAUCCAAGCAUCGCAAGGCACAUUCAGGAUCGAGCAGCGCCCCCGCUACGUCUCAGCAGCAGAGCAUCAGACCUUGUGUUAUUUGCGGAGAAGCUCACAAGGUUAUUGAGUGUCCACAGCGCCACAAUCACUGUUACAAGUGUGGCCAACGUGGACAUCUUCGGGCAGAUUGCACCAGUGGAGCAGGAAUAGCAUCUGCAGCAGCAUCUACUCCAGCAGCUCCAUGGCAGGAUCGUGGCAAUUCGACCUAUUCUUCAGUUGGACGUCCAUCGACAUCUCGUCAAGUGAAGGAGGUACACCAGACCACUGACGGACGCGCCUUCAUGAUGACGCGUCAGGAGGACGAUCUGUUGGCUGCCGUCGCCGCAGGUAUAAUGUUGUUGUUGUUGUCGUCGUAG